CCAUAAAUAACUAAACUGCAAAGGGGGUUUGUUGAUUUUCCUUUCACUGUAAAUUUCAUCUUUCAGCAAUCAGCGCAGAACUAAGGGACGAACACCUCUUUUCUCCGAGAUACCAUCGAUUUGUUAUUUGAGUUGAAGAAGUCAUACUGGUUUAGUGGGUCUGACGAGGAAGGUGGAGAGCAGAAUACUUGGAAAAGAUGCUUCAGAUCCGGCUUAGCAAACCAGCCAGUGAGAGUGGUGGAGGUGCUAAGUCUUUACCUUCAGACAGUAUUACAGUUGCUUGUCCUGAUCACCUUGUUUUAGCUGAUCUUCCUGUAGCCAAGAGCCUUGGUUCAGCAAAUACUGCUUCUCUGCUCAAGACUGUUGGCCGCAGGUCCCGUCGCCAACUUGGUGAACGAGUACAUUUUUGUGUCCGUUGUGACUUUCCAAUUGCUAUUUACGGACGUCUGAGUCCAUGUGAACAUGCCUUCUGUUUAGAUUGUGCCAGGAGUGAUUCUCUUUGCUACCUCUGUGAUGAACGCAUUCAGAAGAUUCAGACAAUUAAAUUGAUGGAAGGGAUCUUCAUCUGUGCAGCUCCGCAUUGUCUCAAGUCCUUUCUGAAGAAGACUGAAUUUGAAUCUCAUAUUCAUGAGAACCACGGUGAUCUCCUUCAUCAAACUGCAGAAAAAGAUGGAAAUGUUUCGGAGUCUGCCAGUGCUAGAAAACCUGCUGUCUCUGAUUCUACAGUGCAAGCACCACCUAGGCUCCUAUUUUCUCCGAGUUCAGGUUCCCAGGUACAUGAUCGUGAAGACAAAGCUCAUCAUUCUCAAACUAGAGACCAACAGCCUCCUAGGCUUGUCAUGCAACCAAAGCCAACACCACCUUUCGCUGGUUCAAUCCAAAAUCAUCCAUCAGAGCAACAGUCCGAUAGUAAUCCUCCUCCAGGCUUUGAAAGGCCUGGCAGCCAGAACCGGUUUCCUCAGCAAGGUUUUGACACACAGGGCGCAUUGCGGCCUGAGCCAGGUCAGUUUCCAGACAAGCAACAAGGGAUUAUAGGGGGUUCCCCUUUUCAUGAAUAUCCUAUGCACAUGACCCAACCUCAUGGCUUUGCGGUGCCUAUGAGUUCGAAUCCAGGCUUGGCUCCUCAAUUUGGUUAUCCUCAGUUUGCACCCGAUGGAGCCCAACCAUUUUAUGGUGCCCCGUUUGAGAUGCCUAGGCCAGACUCAACUCCUGAAAUGGGAUCAGAACAAGGGUCUUUGCUAGGUUUUCCACCCGGCGCUGCAGGAAAUAUGAAUUUUGCAGAAAAUUACCCUCGGUCAUGGAAUAUGGGGCAGCCGGUUGGGCCUUUUGAGCCCACUGCAGUUCAACCUCCUGGGGAUGGUUUUGUAAAUGCCGCUGAUCCUCAAGGAAGACCAGUAUUUUUCCAAGGAGACUAUGGAAGGAAUCCCGGUGUAAUGCCCUCAAACCUGCCACCUCCACCUUCAGCCAACCGAGGAUUGGAAGGCGGACAGAGUGGAAAUUCAAUGGACAACAGAGAUAGCAAGGGUAUAUUGAUGCCACAACCUAUGGCCCUUCCACCACCCCCGCCUUUACCUCAUCCCAUGUCACAACUUCAAAGAGGAGGCAGGCACUACUCUGAUGCAAAUCAUGAUGGACAGGGCUUUGGUUGGCAACACGAGAAGCGUGAUAGUUAUGGAAGCAGCCAGGACUAGUGAUGUUUUUAUUGUUCCUUUAUCUUUCUGUUUGUAAGAACAGUGCUCAUUUUGUUUGCCUACACUGUAUGUUAUUGUCCUAACUGUCAACAUCAUUUUACUAAAGCCAAAAGGCUGAGUUCCCCGAUUUUUGCCCUA